ACGAAGCCCUCCUGUCGCCUGCGCACGCCCGAGCGUCUGACCCGCACGACGUCCAGCGACGCUAGCAACAUCUAGACGGGCGAAGCCGCAAGGAGGAAUAAACCCACGGACGGGGAAGGAAAGCGGAUAGCGAUGCGAAGGAAAUCGAGGAUAUUGCUGUGUUUUGCAGUGCUAUGGGUACUGGGAAUAGCCUACUACUUCUAUUCGGGGACAGCGUUGAGUCGAAAGGAUGAAUGGGGUUCAAGUGACUCAUCAAGCAGAAAUCAGGCUCAUAGCUCGGACAAGACACACAGUCUGGAGACUCUACCACCAGGUAAGGUGCGCUGGCAGGACUAUGACCAGGACCUGUAUGUUGGUGCCACUGUGGUCCGACCAGGCCAGGACCCCUAUGCCAGGAACAAGUUUAACCAAGUAGAGAGUGACAAACUCCGUAUGGACAGAGCAGUACCUGAUACAAGACAUGACCAUUGCAGGCAUAAACAUUGGAAGUCAGAUUUGCCAGCCUCCAGUGUGGUCAUCACCUUCCACAAUGAAGCCCGCUCUGCUCUACUUCGGACAGUGGUUAGUGUCCUGAAGAAAAGCCCCACACACUUAGUCAAAGAGAUUAUUCUGGUUGAUGACUACAGUGACAACCCUGAGGAUGGAGCCCUGCUGGGGAAAAUAGAGAAGGUGCGAGUGCUGAGAAAUGACCGGAGAGAGGGCCUGAUGCGGUCCAGGGUGCGAGGUGCAGACGCUGCCACAGCUUCAGUUCUCACCUUCCUCGACUCUCACUGCGAAUGCAAUGACCACUGGCUAGAGCCACUGCUGGAAAGAGUUGCCGAGGAUAAGACAAGGGUAGUUUCUCCGAUUAUCGAUGUCAUCAACAUGGACAACUUCCAGUAUGUCGGAGCUUCAGCGGAUCUAAAGGGAGGUUUUGACUGGAACCUGGUGUUUAAAUGGGACUACAUGACCCUGGAGCAGAGGAGGGCAAGACAAGGAAACCCUAUUGCUCCUAUCAAGACUCCUAUGAUAGCGGGUGGUCUGUUCGUGAUGGAUAAGGAGUACUUUGAGCUGCUGGGAAAGUAUGACAUGAUGAUGGACGUAUGGGGUGGAGAAAACCUGGAGAUCUCAUUUCGUGUGUGGCAGUGUGGUGGCAGUCUAGAGAUCAUCCCUUGCAGUAGAGUCGGCCAUGUCUUCAGAAAGCAACACCCAUAUACCUUUCCUGGGGGCAGCGGGACUGUAUUUGCCAGGAAUACAAGGAGAGCAGCCGAGGUGUGGAUGGAUGAAUUUAAAAACUUCUAUUAUGCUGCUGUCCCCUCAGCCAGAAACGUCCCCUACGGCAACAUCCAGAGCCGCUUGGAGAUGAAGAAGAGACUCCACUGUAAGCCAUUUAAAUGGUACUUAGAGAAUGUUUACCCUGAACUACGGGUCCCAGACCAUCAGGAUAUAGCAUUUGGAGCCUUGCAGCAAGGAGGAAACUGUCUAGACACCCUUGGUCAUUUCGCUGACGGGGUGGUGGGCGUCUAUGAAUGCCACAAUGCUGGAGGCAACCAGGAGUGGGCCCUGACCAAGGAUAAAUCUGUUAAACACAUGGACCUGUGUCUUACUGUAGUAGACAGAACGGCUGGCUCCCUUAUCAAAUUACAGGGCUGUAGAGAGAAUGAUAGCAGACAGAAAUGGGAGCAGAUUGAGUCCAACUCGAAGCUUCGUCACGUGGGUAGUAACCUAUGUCUGGACAGCCGCAGUGCCAGGAUGGGGGGGCUCACCGUGGAGGUUUGCAGCCCCAGCCUCAACCAACAGUGGAAGUUCACCCUCAAUUUGCAAUGAUCGAGGAUGCUCCAGAUACACACACAAAGAUGAAGAGAGACAAGGACACAGAUGGGAAGACAGAAAGAUGGAUACAAACACAGGAAACAAUGGACGAAUGGAUAAAAGGAAAGACAUCCUUCUUCCUCCUUCUCUUCUUCCUCUUCUUCAUUUGUUUCCUCCUCCUGCUUAAUGGGGCAGGUUUUUUCACGCUGUUCUUUUACCCCCUCUCCCAAGAGCCACGCCUCCAAGGGGAGGGGCUUUUAGACCUUAUUGGAGGA